UCAACAGGUGGUGAUGGAUCUUGUUAUAAAUACCGUCAGCACAUGAACGUAACUUUACAUAAGAAAACAAGAUCUAUCCACAUCUAUCCAAUCUACCAUGGUGGCGCAAAAGCUAAGCUGGAUCACUUUGCUGCUGUUGCUGUGUCAGCAUGCAUGUUUCCUCUCUGCAAGAAGAGCAAAAACAUCCCUGGUUUGUGAAGGAGGGUCUGCACACCUCAGCUGUGAUGUGGGAUACAUACAUGUCGUUUCUGCUAACUAUGGGCGGACUGAUCACAAAACGUGCUCUGUUGGAAGACCAUUUAAGCAGCUCUCAAAUAAUCACUGCUUUGAAGAAACAUCUCGCCGUACGAUGACUGUUAGGUGUAAUGGAAAAAAAAGAUGUUCCGUUUUUGCAGUUAACUCUGUUUUCUCUGAUCCUUGUCCUUGGACUUAUAAAUACUUGCAAGUGUCUUAUGAGUGUCACCCACAGAGACACAGCAUAGCUUGUGAAGGUACCAGAAGUGUCAUUGGCUGUGAGAAGGGUGUUAUUUCUGUUCAUCAUGCCAAUUAUGGACGACGGGAUCUUGGAAUCUGCCUAAUAGAUUUGUGCGUGGAAAGACCUCUUGUCAUGUCGAUGCGUCAAAUUCGGUGUUCUCUGACCCAUGUCACCAUGUCUAUAAUGCUGGUCUUCCUGUGUCAGUAUGCUUUGGGAUUGAUAAAGGUGAUUAAAGCCAACUACGGGCGGACUGAUCGCACAACAUGCGCAAGUGGGAAACCAGCUCAUCAGACCUCAAACAUACGCUGCGUUCGAGGAUCAUACCUCCGUACAAUGUCCACUCGGUGUGAUGGAAGAAAGAGCUGUUCUGUUCCAGCAGUGAACUCAGUUUUCUCUGAUCCUUGUGUUGGCACUUUUAAAUACCUGGAGGUGCAUUACGUCUGUGUCAGAAAAGAUGCAUUGCGAAUAAACCAAAUAAGUGCAUCAGAUUCUGUACUCCCUGAUCCCGUCACGGCGUCUAUAUAGUACCUGGAAAUGAUGUAACUGUGUAGAAUUUAGUGACUACUAUGUCAUGCAAAUGUAGUAUUGUGUGUGUGUGUGUGUAAAAAAGGAAACAGAUAAUAACAUUAUAGAUAAUAAAAUGUAUUUUUUAAAUCUCUUUUAGACCCUCUGUAAGAUAUAUCUGUUAGACACACUUAUAUUUGCAUGAAUGUGUAAAACUAUAAGCUGUUGAACAUUAAAGUGCAUAAAAAAUAAAACACCAUCCACUCUG